AUGCCAAAGAAAUCGCGUCAAAGAUUAGCCCACGCCCCAAAAAAGCCAGCCUCCUCUUUUUUAUCGUUCUGUUCCCAUCUACGCAAAACAGAUGAGUCUCUCAAAUCGAUGUUACCGCCCGACCAGCGCCAGCACUUCGCGACCAAAUGGCGCGCGUUAUCAGACGAAGAGCGCAAGCAAUACGAGAACGAUUACCAGAAACGGUUGGUAGCGUACCGUGAGGAGUAUGUGCGGUACAAGGCGAGCGAUCUUUAUAAGCAGGAUUGCGAAGCGAUUGGUAAGGAGCACAAGAAGAAAAGGCCCAAGAGUGCUUACAAUUUGUUUGUGGCGGCUGAAUAUAAAAAGAUGGAGGGUAGUUUUGGGGAGCAUACUGUUGAGCUGAGUAGAAGGUGGAAGAGCAUGAAUGAGGAGGAGAAGAUGGUUUUUAGGAGGAUGGCAGAUGAGCUUAAGAAGGAGAACAGGGAGGAAUGA